AUGAUUAUACGGCACCUUGGAAUGAGUUGGCGUGCAGGCACAGACUUCCUGAGCCGUAUCGAAGCACAGACAGCGGAAACUGCCCACAAGUGGACAGAAUGUUUUGUUUCGGGGAAUUUAGAGGAUUUUCAGUCUGAUAACCGUGGUGGAAAACAUAUCUCAGCAUUCUGGGACUAUUUUCCAGAUAUCGAAGAGGCAGCUAAAGCCUAUGCUUUUGAACGUUGUACAGAAAAAUCUGCUGGCUUUACUAGUAUGGACUUAGCUGUGGAAAUCGAUAAAAUGUUUUAUGAAACUACCGGCAUAGUGAAACAUCACAAAGAACAAUGUUAUACCGUCAGUGACGGAGAUCAACCAGUAUGGACUCAGCCCGUAAAACAGCCACCGCUAGCAUUACUAUUUCAUGAUGAGAGCAACUUCCGAAGUGGAGAGGUGUCCGCAAAGCGUUGGCUUUGCGAAGGACAUGAACCGUUUCACUUCAAAGGUCGCGGAAGAAUCAAUAUGAUUUCCGACUUUGUUACUGCACAUCCUUCUGGCUCUGCCUUUAAACUCGAUAAGAUUGAAUGGACAGCAGCUUGUCGAGAAUUUCCAAAGCUAACUGAAACUCAAGAGUUGAAAGGUCAGAGUAAGGGUCUCGUCGAAAUAGCUAAAGAGUUGAAUGUCAAACUGCCAAAUAAAAUAAAAUUAGAUGAGUUAAGAAGUCUUCUGUCGGAUCAUCCUGCUUUUAGAACGGUAAGAAAUUCAAGCUAG